AUGGUCCAUGUCACAGAAAAACUCAACAUAUAUAUUUACGAAUUCAUAACUACACUCCUCAGUGAAGAUGGACAAAUGGACAAUUUACACACUUUGGCUAGAAAAUCAUGCAUUAUUAAACAAAUAAUUAUAUGUAUGAAACGAGAUUCCAUAACAUCUCUACGCCAGCUAUACUACAAUAGCCCAUUAGUAUUCAAAAAUCAAACCCAAAGCAACAAAAUCCUAGGUUUGAUUACCAAGGAGAUCGAAUUGACUCGAGAGCAAUUGCACAUACAUGCUUCGGAAAAGGGUUUAAUUGCCAGUAAGCAUAUCAAAAUUAACAAUUUAAAAGUCAAUCACAAAAAUAUUUACAUACAAUCGGAUAUCGGUGACAAGUACUACGUUAUACUCAAUGGGGUCAAACCACUUGUUCUAUCCAAACUUAAGUUUGUACUUAUAGUGGAAAAGGAAACUAUUUUUAAACAAUUUGUCACCUCAAAUUUCCUUGAGAUGUGCGUAUAA